GAGCUCACGGCCUCGGCCACGACGUACGGGGACCGACUCCGCGCCACGACGAGGCUCCCCUCAGGCGUGUACUCCUCGCGACCCCACAGCAAGCCCGCGUCCGCACCCGUCUUGGACGUCCUGGACGACGAUGAGCACGAGGACAACGGCCUGCACCGCCAGGCGCAGCGCGUCUCCCCCACGCUGCGGCCCAAGGUAGACCGCACCGCGUUGUUCCGGCGGCAGAGGCCGUCGACCACCACCGCCGCCCCGGUCGAGGAGGCCGACGCCGACGAGGCCGUGCUGCAGGACGCGCGCGACCUCUGCCGGCAGUCCCCAAACAGCUACUUCUGCCAGCCGACGGGCAGCAGGAAGCGGCCGCAGCGAGUCCGCGGGGCGGCCUCCACCUCCUCGACCUCGACGACCACCUCCACCACGACCUCCACCACCACGACCACGACGGAGGCCCCGACGACGCGGCGCGCACUGCCCGUAACCAUGGCGCGGCGCAACAGGCCCAAGCCCGCCAAGCAGCCCACCAUCAUCUACACCAACUUGUACCUGCCCGGCGACGUGGCCGAGGCCGCGGUGGCGCCGGCCUUCCAACCGCAGGCUGCGCAGGUGGACGAGGUCGUGGUGGACAAGUCGCGGAAGAGGGUCCCGGCCAAGCCGGCGACGAGGCCGUACGCUGGGCUGUCGGACACCACGGCGGCCCCGGUCCAGGAGGAGGUGAUCCUCGGCGAGGACGCCGACGACGCGGCCUCCACCAAGGCGUGGCCGGCCUUCUCGGCGAGUCACCGGCCGCCCACCACCGCAAGGCCGCGCGACAUCUGCGACGACCCCGCGCACAUGUUCCUCUGCGAGAGGCCCGCCGUGCAGCGCGCACCUAGCCGUCGACCCAUCGGCAGCGGACUCCGCGCCGGCGGCAUCAGCAGGGUGGCGGUCUCGGACGACUUCCACGAGUACCCCAUGGCGGCCCCCACCAUUUCCUCCCGAUCAGGGCCUCAGCACGAAGCGGAGACCUUCACCGAGCUCACCGGCGUGGACUACACCCCCGUCACGGAGGGCGAAGAGAGGCCCGGCUUCGACGUGGACCCGGCCAGCGAGGGGUACUACUUCUCCAGGCCGGCGGUCACCGCCAGCAGCAGCAGGCCCAGCGCUCCGGAGCCCGAGCACGUCGACGCACCCUUCCUGCUGAACCUCGGGCCGUCCAAACUGCCGGCCUUCUCCAAGCCGUCGGAGGACUCGUUCGCCAAGCCAGCGCGGAGGGUGCCCGUCCACGACCAGAGCGCCAGCUCCAACGAGCAGGCCUUCAAGUACCAGCCGCUGGCUGCGUUCCCCAGCGCCGCGCCCGCUGCUCCAUACCCGCUGCAGAACCACGAGGCCGCCGUGCCACAACCGCUUGCUGCACAGCCGGUGCCACACCUCGUGCCUCAGACGGCCCUGCAGCCCGUCAUGGCGUACGCGCUGCCGUCCGUGGAGGCCCUGCUGGCGGCGGAGCGGCAGGCCGAGCGGCAGCGCGAGGAGGAGCACAACAACCUGGCGGCGCACGCCAUCCUGGCCGCGCUGCGCAUGCAGGCCGACGCCCUCCGCGAGCAGAGUGCCACGCCCGUCGCCGACAUCGCCACCGUGCUCCCCGAGGCCACCCCGGCGCCCCGCAAGCAGCCCAAGAAGAACAAGAAGAAGAACAAGCGGCCGAAGAAGCCCGAGCACGAGGUGACGGAGUUCGUCGACGAAGAGGGCGUGCUGAUGGAGACCGUGCGGCCUGUGCACGGCCACGGCCACAGCCACGGACAUGGACACCGUCGGCCGGUCGAAGUGCUGUCGGAGCCCCCGCGCGGCGCCCUCAUCCUCAUGGACAGCCACGGGCCGCACGGGCCGCCCAGGUCGCCGAUGUACCGCGGUCACAUGCGCCCCAGCGCGAGGCCCGUCCUCGCUCUGCACCGGUUCAAGCGACAGGACGACGGCUACAUCUACCCCAAGCCCACGCCCGGCGGCAAGCCUGCGCCCGGGCCGGCCGAGCCCACCGAUGAGGAGGGCUACGACUACCCGCCGCCGGGCCAGCCCUUCCCAGGGCCGUCGCCAGCACCCGGCCAGUCAACGCCAGGGCCUUCCUCCCCGGCGCCCGGGCCUUCCUCACCGGCACCAGAGCCUUCGUCGCCUGCCGAACCAGCCCCGGGCCCUUCCCCCACACCCGACGCGCCGGAGCCUGACACGCCGGAGCCCGAGGCCCCGGUGCCGACGUCCCCCGUCCCGGUUCGGCCCAAGCCGACCCCGGCCCCGGAGCUGAAGCCGACGCCAGGCGCCGGGCCUCAGCCCCAGCCUCCCGCUGGAGGUGAUGAAGAGGGCUACGACUACCCCCCUCCGGGUGGACAGCCGUUCCCGGCACCGGGACCCACUGGCGGGGACGCGGAGGGCGGUGUUGAGUUACCCGGCCCUGGCGCCCCCGAGGAGCCUGCGCCGGGUCCGAGCCCCAGUCCGAGCCCCAGUCCGACCCCCGCGCCGACACCAGCCCCCACGCCCUCCUCGGACGGGGGCGAGGACGAGGGUUACAGUUACCCACGCCCGGAAAGGGGGCUUGGCAGCCGGAAAGCUUGAGCACCAUUCCGCCGCCCGGCUCACAUGUGUAAAUAUUUCAUGUCUAGAAUAAGGGAGCCACAACAGUCGCGAUAGCGUGUCGCGUGUGUGUCAUAUUUUGUAGAAAUUCGUAUUUAUUCAAAUCCUAAUUUAAAUUUUCCUACUAGGGAUUAGUGAAUUUCAGCGGACGUCCAAGGGAGCUGAACCCUGUUUCGACAUAUUUAUUUUUGUAUGAUUGGCUGAGUGCCACUUCGAAGUUUCGUCGAAUUGUUCUUAAGCUUCAUCCCACUCGGCCAGAAGUCUAAGGGGCGCCGACCGAGCAAUGGUGAUCCGUGGACGUGCGGUUGAUUAUUUUGAAAGUGUGAUGCCAACCUUAACAAGCUGGCCGUAAUGGAUAGGAAAUGGGGGAAAUGAACAAUUUAGCAUGCAUAAUAGCAGAAGAAAGAAGCGGGGAAAUGUAGAAAUGAAUAUUCGGCAAAAGAUGCUUCGAAAACUUAUUAUAUGUAUUGGUAGAAAGGUGAGAGCUCCUACAUGUUUGAUAGUGUAAGUUUGUGACUGUGGGAUGGGGCAUUUUACUGCCAACAUAGAAAGAAAAAAAAUGUUGGAAAAGAGGAGUCGUGUUUGAAAGAGGGGAUGAGAAUAAAGAAAUGUUAAUAAGGAUAUAAUAUUGUACAUCAGUGGUAGAUAAUGGUGCGGACGGAGUGUGCAAAAAAUGUGUUUGAAUUAAAUAAAAGUUCUGAUAUUUUCUGAAA